GGCGCCGCCCACCAGGAGGCGGGGCCGCCGGAAGCGGGAGCCGGCGGCGGGCGGAAGUGACGCGCUGGGCGCCGUGGCAACAGCGGGGCGAACGGCGGCGGCGGGAUGAACGCGCCUCCGGCCUUCGAGUCCUUCCUGCUCUUCGAGGGCGAGAAGAAGAUCACCAUCAACAAGGACACGAAGGUGCCCAACGCCUGUCUCUUCACCAUCAACAAGGAGGACCACACGCUGGGCAACAUCAUCAAAUCGCAGUUACUGAAAGACCCGCAGGUGUUAUUUGCAGGCUACAAAGUGCCGCACCCGCUGGAACACAAAAUCAUCAUCCGUGUUCAGACCACACCUGACUACAGCCCCCAGGAAGCUUUCACCAAUGCCAUCACAGAUUUGAUCAGUGAACUCUCCCUCCUGGAGGAGAGGUUCAGGGUUGCCAUCAAAGACAAACAAGAAGGAAUCGAAUAAAAUUAUCAUGUUUGGAAUGGACUGUAAUUCUGAUAUAGAGGGAUAUGGCUAGUAGUUGAGUGCUUUAUUUAAACCUUCCUUUGUGGCAAAGAUUUUCUACUUGUCCCACUUGUUUUUUAAUUUUUGACAGCAGCUACAAUAGUUUGGGGCUUUUUGGACCAUAUAGGCAACCUGACAAGAGGAUAAAAGUCUUGUUUGAUUUGAUGGAGAAUUCCUUAAAAUCACUUUUACUUUUCUAACGGGAACCAUAAGGCAAAUACUUGUACGAGGCUGCUGACAGGUGUUUGUGUUAGCCCUAGUGACUGUGCUUCCAACAUCAGAAGUUACUGAGUGAUAAGGGAAGAUGAACUCUCCUAGUUCCUACAUUUUUUUUUUCUCCAAAAAGUCUAUGCACUGCCAACUGAACUGGUAUUUUGUUUUAUUAAGUGUAAUUUCUAUAAAACAAAUGCACAAAUUUUGAAAACUUACAGUAAAAGAAACUGGAUGUUUACAAUGA